GAUAUGUCUCUAACAAAAUCAGAGAACGCCUUUUCUAAACCUCAAAAUAUAGAAAAACUGAGUUCUAAGCCAAAAAACACUCUGAAGUGGUUUAAAUUUUUCUAUAAACAAAAAUCGUUAAAGGAAUCUGUGUUGAGUAGAGAAACCUUGGCAAAAAGAACACUCCAGGAACUUCUAAUUUAUUGCAUAUUUUUGACACAAUUGGUUUUUAUCAACUAUGAGAGGAGUAAUACAAAUGCUGCAGGUUUGGACAAUCAAUGGAAAACAUUAUUCAAUAGAAUUGAAAAAGUGACAUCUAUUUAUGAUUUUUGGAACUUCAUGGAAAAUGAUUUGAUCGAAGGCUUGCACUGGGAAACUCAAUAUAAUGAAGGAAGCAAAAAAGCAAAGCACAGGUGUCCUAAUGGUGAGCCGGCUAUAAAACCAUGUAUCCUUCCUCUACCCGAUCAGCUGAUUAUGUACAAUAAUAUGAUGUUGGGUGUACCAAGAAUUAAACAAAAUAAGGUGACAAAUGAUUCAUGCUUAAGCUCUGUUCCUUUAGACUUUUCGGGAGCCAUUAAAGUUUGCUACGCUCCAUAUCAAGUGAUACAUGAAGAGAAGCUCAGUUUUCCUCCAAUAAACAGAGUGUAUACUGAGCUUAGUGUUUGGGAAUAUCAAGAUCUGAUUCAAGGAAUUCCGUUUCAGGGGCAGCUAACUACAUAUGGACAAGGGGGAUAUUCCCAAAAUUUGAGCUUUAACAAAAGUAUCAACAUUUACAUCAUCAAAGAGUUGAAAUCCUUUCGAUGGAUUAACCAAGGAACACGUCUGGUCACCAUAGAAUUUUCUACUUACAAUGCAAAUGUAAAUCUGUUCUCGUUUAUUACUAUAGCAUGUGAAUUCCCUGCAACAGGUGGGGUCAUGGGAGGAAUUGAUAUAGAGGUUAUGAGUCCUCUCCAUUAUACCUCCACUUUGGAUUUUGUACGAAUGGGAGUCGAAAUUCUAUUUUGUUUGUUUACCAUUUAUUAUAUUUGGGAGGAAAUACAAGACUUCAGAGUUUCUGGUUUGAAAUACUUUGUGAACGUUGGAAACAUUUUGGAUAUUGGAGUUACAGUGCUUUCUCUAAUAUAUAUUGUCUUAAAUAUUUUCCUACUUACAGCCCUGUUGAACGAAAUGCUAGGAUUACUGGAAAGACCGUGGGAAUAUGUGGAUAUGUCUUAUAUAAGAUUGGUGUAUAGGUAUAUGACAUAUUCUGGUGCUGGAAGCUUGUUUAUGGCCUGGCUAAAGCUUCUAAAAUAUCUAUCCUUCAACAAGACAAUGCAACAGUUCUCUGGAACUUUGAAACACAGUUCUAAAAAUUUGUCUGGAUUCUCAGUCAUGUUUUGUAUUGUUUUCUUCUCAUUUGCUCAGCUAGGAUACCUCUUAUUUGGUACACAGGCUAAAGAUUACAGAAAUUUCACGGAAGCCUGCUUUACCCUUCUCAGAACAACGCUGGGUGAUUUCAACUAUGAUAUGCUGAUUAAUGCUGACUCGACUUUUGGGGUCUUAUUUUUCCUGACCUACUUGAUCUUUGUCUUCUUUAUCUUCAUGAACGUGUUCUUGGCAAUCAUCUACGAUUCUUACAAAGAGUUCAAAGUAGAGUUGUUCAGUCUGAAACCUAAGUUUGAGAUGGGAGACUUCUUAAACAACGGCCUCGUCAAAAUUCAGGGUAUAGUAGGGGUGUUAGAUAGGAGCCAUUUUGUACGAAAUGCUGUGAAAUUGGCAGCUGAAGAUGAUGGGUUUGUUACAUAUUUGGAGUUAAGAGAGAUGCUGAAGCAAAGCAACUUUGGGGACAUGGAGAUUGAUCUUAUCUUUUUAAAUCUUAGCAAAGACCCAGAGGUGAAAAAAAUACUAUGCACUGAGGACCUAGAUGAAGAGGAUUCCUCUAAACCUGAUCACAAUCUUGAAUCAGUAGUAAAAGGAAACGAAAGAGCUGCAGAAAAUGUCAGAUCAAGAUUUGAGAACCUGGAGAGAAAGAUGACCAGCCUUGAAAUGUGUGCCCUUCCUCUUCAGAGGAAACUUGAUUCUCUCCUCAUCAAGCUUUGGAGAAUACAGUUUUAUUAGGAAGAGAAGAAGAGGAUGAAGACAAAGAUUAUAUAAAGAUAAGAAGAUGCGAAGAAAAGAACAAUUAAAAAAUGUGUGCUUUGUGCUGCUGAAAUAAACAUAAAAUGUUUUCGCAAUUAUGCUUGAA